GUGUGUGUGUGUUUUCGUGCUGUCCGCUCUGCAGCGGCGGCGGCGGUCAGUGGUCAUGCUCGCGCUCGUGCUCGCGGACAGGUGACGGGUAACAGGGGCGCGCGUUCGGCAACAGACGCUGGCGUUUGUUUUGGACGUUCUGGCGGGAAAAAAAAAAAACGGAUCACAUUGAAGCCGCUGUGUAUUAGAACGCCAGGACCGUCGGGACGUCAGCGCGCUGGAACGUUCGACGUUCCGUCCCAGCAAAAUCGCGGGAAUUCCACGCGCGUCGUAGCUAACCGUCACCGCGCGCGCGCGCGCGUGCGUGCCUUGCGCGCCUGUGUGAGUUCGUGCGCGCGCCUCCGGUUCCGAUGGCGAGGAACACGCUGCCGUCGCGGUUCCGCGGGCUCGACAUCGACGAGUAUGACGAGAACCGGUUCGUGGACGAGCAGGACGAGGCGGCGGAGCAGCAGGGCCCGGACGGAGCCGAGGUGGACGCGCUGCUCAGGAGAGGAGAGAUGAUGACCGCGUUCCACAUCGCUCUGAAGAACCCGCCAAUCAACUCCAAAAACCCAGCAGUGAAGGAGCGGGCGCAGGCUGUGGUGUUGCGGGUGUUGACCUCCUUUAAGAGCAGUGACAUCGAGCCAGCUGUGAAGUCACUGGACAGGAACGGGGUGGACCUGCUGAUGAAGUACAUCUACAGAGGCUUCGAGAAGCCCUCAGACAACAGCAGCGCCAUUCUGCUGCAGUGGCACGAAAAGGCGUUUGCUGUCGGGGGUUUGGGCUCCAUAGUACGAGUGCUCACAGCAAGGAAGUCGGUUUAAAAAGCGCAGCUAAAGGGAAGAAAAGAGACGAGAGCCACGGGCUCAUCGUUUUCCUCCUGAAGGCGGACAGCUUCCUUUGUCGCAGCUCUCAUCAACCAAAUCUCUGCGAGUAAUGCCACCAGGAGAGAACCAUGGUGGACGGUUUAUUUUAUCCCAAAACAACUGCUUUCCUAUGGGGAAAUGUGUUUGUAUGUAAUAUCAAUUAUUGCUUCAUUAAUUUACCUCCUGGAGAUCUGAGAAGGA